AUGACUACACCCGAACGACCACUCACCACACCAGCCCAGUAUUCGCUACCGUUCGAGAUUACAUGUCGAAUUGUUGAGACAUAUGUCUCCCAAUUAGGGAGCCUUCCUCAUGAUGACCAGGACACCGCGUCGGACCGAACUCUUUUCUAUUCAUCAACCAAAGAACUCCUCAGACUUCGUUUAGUUUCCAAAACAUGGUCACAAGCUACAGUUCCAUUCGCUUUCCAUACUAUUCGGCUUUCUACAUCAAGAUCGGUGCAAUCUAUGCUGAAACACUGGUCAAGUUCAAUCUACGCUCCUCGUGCUCAAUGCCCCGUUAAACGUCUUAUAAUUGAAGGUCUGGCUUACUUGCAACCUAGCGAUGCAAAAGACUCUGAAAAAAGGUCUAAAAAAACGAUGUCCAAUAUUUAUGGACGAAGUAGCGAAUCUGAUCAAGCUCAUUGGUGGAAACUUACACGAGUUGAGAUUAAUGUUUACAGAUUCUUUUGGUAUUUCUGCAAGUUUACUCGAGGCUAUAAAGCAAAUGAAACAUUUAAAAAAGUUGAACAUCUUAGACGGGAACAAGCCAUUCCAAGUGACAGGGGGGCUUUUCGAUUCAAACUCAUUAGCCGAUCUUCUCUUUGCUAUCCCCAAACUCGAAUCUUUGACGAUUCAAUGGAUAGACCUAGACGCAUUUGA